UUUCAAUCACCCUCCCCUCCUUAUUUAUUCCCUAUUUCUGUUUUCCCUUUACAUCCAUGAAACUCUCUUCCUAUAUUUAUACUUCUCCAUUUUCACCUUUCUCUCUUUCAUUUUCAAUUUAAUACACCAAUUUCCAUCACCCCUUUCUUUCAAUCUCUCUAAACAUGGAGUUACGACCUUUAGAACUGCGUGUUAUUUCUGCUAAAGAUAUCAAAGACGUCAAUCUUUUCACCAAGAUGGACGUAUACGUCGUAGUUUCUAUCAACGGCGAUCACCGCACGGCUCAAAAAACUCCGGUCCACAAGGAGAGCGGUUCUAACCCCAACUGGAAUUGCACCAUGAAGUUCACCAUCGAUGAAACCGCCGCCCAUCAGAACCAUCACAACCUCGUCUUCCGUUUGAAAUCCAACCGCGUGUUUGGUGAUAAAGAAAUCGGGUCGGUUCAGGUCCCUAUCAGGGAAUUGCUUGAUCAAGAGAAUGGGAACGGGAAUGUGGAUCACCAGCAUGUAAGUUUUAGUGUUAUGCUGGCUAAUGGAAAAACCAAAGGUGUAUUUAAUUUCGCUUACAGAUUUGGAGAGAAGUUUAGCAUGCCUGCUCUUCCACCGCCUCCGUUUCCAGGGGCUGGAUCGUACAAACAUGGGGGUAAACCGGUUAUGGCUUAUCCACCGCCGCCGACUGGUUAUCCAGGGCCGAGUUCAGGGCAUCUUAAAGGAACGUAUCCGCCGCCUCCACAAGGGAUGACAGGUUAUCCUUACCCUCCACCUGGUGGAUAUCCGCCGUACGGGUACCAACAGGGUACGGUUCCGGGCUAUGGGUACCAAGGAUAUCCACCCCCUCAGGGUGGAUACGGUUACCCACAAGUGCAGCAACCGCAGAAGUCAAAGAAAGGAGGAAUGGGGGCAGGGUUAGGAUUGGGAUUAGCUGGUGGAUUAUUGGGAGGAAUGUUGAUCGGUGAUAUGGUUGAUGAUGCUUACGAGGCUGGUGUUGAAGAUGGGCUUGAUUAUGAUUACUAAUCACCGUUUUUGAUGGCUUUUAUUGUUCAUUUGCUGUGGGUUUCUUCUUCUUCUUUUCCUUUUUAGAUUGUUGAGAUUGUAAAUGUUGAAAAAUAAAUCAAUGCUUUUUUUUA